UCAUCAGCCCGGACCACCGCAGCCGCAGGUCGCCCACGUUGCCCUUCUCCUCCCCACUCGCCGCACGACUGCACCAACCGAGACCAGAGGGGAAUGGCGAUGGCGGCGGCGAGGAGAGCCCUCCUGAACCACCUCCGCGUGCCGGUGGCGCGCCCCGCGGUCGCAGCGGGAAGCGUCCCCGUCGCCAGGCUCCUGUCUUCCACCUCGGAGGUGGAGAAGGGCUCGUUCCUCGACAAGGGCGAGGUCGCCGACCGCGUCGUCUCCGUCAUCAAGAACUUCCAGAAGAUCGAGCCCUCCAAGGUGACCCCUAAUGCGCAUUUCCAGAAGGACCUCGGGCUGGACAGCCUGGACACUGUCGAGAUCGUCAUGGCCUUUGAGGAAGAAUUCAGCUUCGAGAUCCCCGACAAUGAGGCAGAGAAGAUCGAUUCCAUCAAGUCGGCAGUCGACUUCAUCGCCUCGCAUCCUCAAGCAAAGUAAGAUUUGCUUGCAGCGGUUUCUUGGUUCCCCCCUUUGACACACAUUGUCUCCAGAAGGAAUGCUCCCCGAAAAGGACCUGUCUUUUCCCAGUAGGUGAAUGAUCCUAGUUUGCUCCGUUGAUUUUUGUGCUCUCUGGUAGCAAGUCUUUGUUCUCUCCUUCCGUCUGUUGCAAUAAAUAAUGAUACACCAGUUGGUUGUGGAUCUAUGAUUCUAUUAGCUGGGGAUGACAGCAGCCAAAGUUAUGAUA